AUGUCAAUUACGAAGAACAACUUCGAGUUAUCAUCUUCUAUGGAUGGCGUGGCGGCAUUGGAGCAACGGCAGCAGCCAGCAACAUCAACAGCAGAUUGGGCGAUAGCACCACUACCAUCAGGACUGUCAAGCGCUGGUUCGCUCGCUUGGCAAACGGAGACACCGACUUCGCAGACAAGCCCCAGUCGGGACAGUCCCACACUGUCGAAGACUGCCAUUCUCGACGCUGUCAAAAAGGAUCCGUAG